AUCGUUGUCAUCGCCGUCGUCGUCGUCGUCGCCGUCGCCGUCGUUGUUGUUUGAAAAGAAGAGAAGGAGAAAGAUAGCCGAGACCACGAGGACGGCGACGAGACGUCGUCCCUCCUCCUCCUCUUCCUUUUCCUCCUCCUCUUCCUCUUCUUAUUUCUCGUACAUCGCCCUGUCGAGAUAAUAUCAACCGGACGAUAGACGACCGUGUCCUUCUUUAAUUCUUUUUCGUCGACGUCGACGUCGUAGUCGUCGUCGUCGUCGUCGUCUCGACGACGGUCGGCGCUUGGCCGGCGCUUUUCGUCGCGUUACAAAUAGUUAUACCCCUUCCUCACUCUUCAUUCCAUUGCACCCCCGCAGUCCCAUUUUUAUCCGAAACCGUUUGUUCUCUUUCUCUCUCUCUCUCUCUCUCUCUCUUCCAUAAUCCUCCCUAAGGCUCCUAUCUUCCUCCUUUCACGGAGGAUAUCGCUUUCCUGAGCCAUGGCGUGCUGCCUGUCGGAAGAGGCGAAAGAGCAAAAGCGUAUCAACCAGGAAAUCGAGAGGCAACUGAGAAGGGACAAACGAGAUGCCAGGAGAGAACUUAAGCUUUUACUACUCGGUACUGGUGAAUCGGGCAAAUCCACGUUCAUCAAACAGAUGAGAAUUAUUCACGGUUCCGGUUAUUCGGACGAAGAUAAGAGAGGAUUUAUCAAGCUUGUUUACCAAAACAUAUUCAUGGCGAUGCAGUCGAUGAUCCGGGCGAUGGAACUACUCAAGAUCGAAUAUGGCGACUCAUCAAAUAUAGAAAAAGCGGAACUCGUGAGAGCAGUCGACUUUGAAACGGUCACGACAUUCGAAAGUCCAUACGUCGAAGCGAUCAAGGACUUAUGGAAUGACAGCGGAAUUCAAGAGUGUUAUGAUCGCAGACGAGAGUAUCAACUAACAGACUCUGCUAAGUAUUAUCUUAGUGACCUAGAACGUAUUGAAAAGCCUGAUUUUCUUCCUACCGAGCAAGAUAUUCUUCGGGCUCGAGCUCCCACUACCGGCAUUAUAGAAUAUCCAUUUGAUCUGGACUCCAUCAUAUUUAGGAUGGUAGAUGUAGGCGGACAGAGAUCGGAAAGAAGAAAAUGGAUUCAUUGUUUUGAGAACGUCACUUCCAUUAUAUUUUUAGUAGCUUUAAGUGAAUACGAUCAAAUUUUAUUCGAAUCGGAAAACGAGAAUCGAAUGGAAGAAAGUAAAGCGCUUUUCAAAACGAUUAUAACAUAUCCCUGGUUUCAACAUUCUUCCGUUAUUUUGUUCCUAAAUAAAAAAGAUCUACUCGAGGAGAAAAUAAUGUAUUCUCAUCUGGUGGAUUAUUUUCCUGAAUACGAUGGCCCACAAAGAGAUGCCAUAGCUGCUAGAGAAUUUAUUCUAAGGAUGUUUGUCGAUCUAAAUCCAGAUAGUGAGAAGAUUAUUUAUUCUCACUUCACAUGUGCCACAGAUACGGAGAACAUUAGAUUUGUAUUUGCAGCGGUGAAGGAUACUAUCUUGCAAUCUAAUCUAAAGGAAUAUAAUCUGGUCUAGAUGAAUGGAUUUGGAUAUUGGUGUGAAGUCAACUAUUACUUUACCAUCUUAACCAAAGUAUUGCAGUGUAGACAUUGUUUAAAUGAUACAAAGAGGAGGAUAAAUCAUACGGAAGAUAGAUAGAAAGAUAAAAAAGAAAGAAAGAAAGAAAGAGAGAAGGAAUAAACAAUAAUUAUAUUGUGGUGCCAUCGAUGAAGCAUCAUCAUUCUAGUUCCAUCUCAUCAAGGAGAAGUACCAACUUUAGCUAAUAAAACUAUGUAAUAAUGGAUGGAACUAUCUGCGAGACAAACAAAGACGGACCUAAAUCUGAGCGUUAUACGUUCUUUCCUAAAACCUUUUCACUGUCAAUAACCAACAAACUGAUUUAGUUUCGUACUCCAUUUGUUGAAUUUGUUACCUUUUUAUAGCUUAGUUUAGUCGAUCAUGCUGCGCUUACUGCGUUGUCAUCGUCUGAUUUUUAUAAUAACGAAGAGAUACACAAAUGAACGAAGGGGAAGAUUAAGAAAAAUUGUAUCGUUUAAAGAGGAUCAAAAAAAAAAAAAUAAAACGCAGCCAUGCCCGCGUUAAUUCUGUCCAAGUGUUAAUCCUAAAAUACUAAGUUGGGAUUAUUUCCAAGGAAAGGAGUAACGAAGAAAGGAUGAACGAAGGUAAGGCAAAGGUGGAGGAGACAAAGGACAAAGAUAUAGAAAAGGAAAUUGAGAAGAAUGGAUGAACCGAAAACAAGGAUUUGUUUUUGUUUUUUAAAUAUCGCGAUUAGAACACACAAGUGAGAAAGAAAAGAAAAGAAAGAAGAUCAAGAGAUAGAACGCGAGAUGAUUCCUAGUGCCAUUUUACUAGUGCGGUGUGUUUUUAUUGCAGAGUCCUUCGUUAGAUGCAAAAAGCCAAAGUGUUGUUUUUUUUCUUUUUUAAAAACGAAAAUAAAACAAAACAAAAACAAAAAAGUAUAUCUGUGCUGGGGAAACGACUUAAGAGUUUUUUUUUCUGCAUGUGAUUCGAAUUCACUCACAAUUUUGAUCGAUAAAUAUUGUUACAUAUAAUAUAUUAAUAUAAAACAACAA